CCAGAAUUGGGCCCCAAAACAUACAUUGCAUAUGGAUCUUUGGAAGAGCUCGGUAGAGGUGAUUCUGUAGCAAAACUACAUUGUGACGUAUCAGAUGCGGUCAAUAUAUUGACACAUACAGCUGAAGUAAAAAGACCACCACAGCAAAGAAAAGCCAUAAUCAAAUUACAGAAAAAGCAUGAAGCUGAAGAUAUGUGUGCACUCUAUGACAGGAAGAAUGAAGGAUUGACUUCUUGUAGGAAAAAGCCAAAACGGCGCUGCCUGGAUACGAACAAGGGUUCUAAAAGCCCUAGAAAAGAAGACACUAUCGUGGGAGACUAUACUGUACUUAAAAGCCAGGUAUCAGAGGAAGAGAAUAUGAAUGAACAGCGGAAUGGUUCUGGAGAUUUGGGACCCUCAAGAGCAUAUACUGCAGCUUGCGCUCUAAAACGUGCAGCUUCUCCCAAACUUGAAAAAGAAGACUCUGAACGGACGCAUGGUGAAGUUAAGAAUGCUGUCCAAAAAAGCUCGUUAUCACAUGAUGGACAUCAUGAAGGAAUUUCAUCCCCUGACCAUAUUCUGUCUGGAACAUCCACAAAAGACAGUCAUGAAAAAGAAAAAACUUAUGCCUGGGUAAAUCAGGUCAAUUCAACAAAUUUUACAGAACAAUCUGAAUCAAAAGGCACGUGCAUGUGUGCUGAGGAGUCUCCUAAUGGAAUCAUUCCCAACGUUGAGCAUGAUUGUGACAGUUCCUGUGCUGAGGGGACUAACACGGGUCGUGACUCCAUGCUGCACAAGUCUUGUGAACAAGGGGCAUGUUCUGAAAUCAAGAAUCACAAAAUUGAGUCACUUAGAAAUGAUACGAGAACAGCAAAAGCUUUCCUUGAAAAUGAUGAUGCGUUAGAGACCCAAUACGGGAGUGCUGUAUGGGACAUAUUUCGCAGGCAAGAUGUGCCGGUGCUGAUGGAGUACCUGAAAAAACACUACAGAGAAUUCCGCCACAUAAAUAAUCUUCCUGUGAAUUCUAUAAUACAUCCAAUUCAUGACCAGACUCUUUAUCUAAACGAAAGACAUAAAAAGCAGCUAAAGGAAGAAUUUGGCAUUGAACCAUGGACAUUUGAGCAACACCUUGGCGAGGCUGUUUUCAUACCUGCAGGGUGCCCGCAUCAAGUGAGGAAUAGACAGUCUUGCAUAAAAGUGGCUCUAGACUUUGUUUCACCUGAAAAUGUUCAAGAGUGUGUUCGAUUGACGGAGGAAUUUCGGCUGCUUCCGAAGAAACAUAGAUCGAAGGAAGAUAUACUGGAGAUAAAGAAGAUGGCACUGUAUGCUGCCAACGCUGCUAUAACUGAAGCCAUGAGAUUAAUGCGGAGGAUAUGAGUGAGUUCGUUCUUGAUCUGAUGUUAUCUUAAGCCGUCUUGCGUUAUUCUCAAAAUUAGGGUUCCACUGCACACAAAAUAAAUGAAAGGCUCCGUGAUUUAUUGAUUUAAAUGGGUUGAACUUGCGGCUUGUGCAUGUGUGAGCCAUUUUUUUGAAGAGUUUGCUGUGUUCAGUCUUUUGCUUUUAUUGGGUGCUUUUGAUAGAAUGUACUCUUUUU